CAGAACCCCACAAUCUACGCCGAGAAUCAACUUCGUUGUGAAGACUGCAGACAUCUGGUGGAAACGAUUCCUGGUCAUUCUAGCUCUUACAAGAACAAUAAUUGAGGAAACAAACUCAUCAUGCCUGCCCCAACUGCCCUUAAGACGCCUCAAGUCGAAGGCGAAGAUCUAUCGCCUCCCGCCACUAUGCCGUCGCAAGAAGAGUUCGAUGAGGUUUUGAUUGACGCGGCUUCGAAUGCCGCAGAAGAUCUGUUAGAGUCCGCCAAAGUAACCAACCCGGAAGAUUCCAUGCAUAUCGACGAAGAAGGACGACCAGUAUUCACACCCGCCAAAGACACACCAGGUGUCUAUCGUAUUGAAAUGAGACGAGUACCAAUUCCACCAAACAGAAUGAGCCCACUGAAAACUUACUGGCCCAAAAUUUACCCACCACUUGUUGAGCACUUGAAGCUCCAGGUACGAAUGAAUGUGAAGAAUCGCGCUGUUGAGUUGAGAAAUAGCAAAUUGACAACCGAUCCAUCAGCGCUCCAGAGGGGAGAGGACUUUAUAAGAGCCUUUACUCUUUGCUUUGAUGUUGACGAUGCCAUCGCCCUGUUACGUUUGGACGACUUGUACAUCAAUUCCUUCGAAAUCAAAGAUGUCAAAUCUCUGAGCGGUGAUCAUCUGAGUCGAGCGAUUGGCCGAAUUGCUGGCCAAAAUGGCAAGACAAAGUUCGCAAUUGAGAAUGCAACGAGAACCCGAGUGGUGCUGGCGGGACAAAAAGUCCACAUUCUAGGAACUUUCAAAAACGCAAAGAUGGCACAGGAAGCAGUUGUCAGCCUAAUUCUAGGAAGUCCACCGGUAUGUGCAACCAUUCUUUCAAUGUUUAAUUUUCUGUCGUUUCUAAACUAAACAAUCAAAACAGGGCAAGGUGUAUGGAAACUUGC